UUGAGAGAAGGUGUCGUCUCUGUAUGCGUAGUUGUCGCGUAAAAGUUGCUUCAUAUAAUAUGGAUUUCCCUUGCUGAUCGCUGCGAGGGUUACUCGACUCGUUCAUCCGCACUAACUGAGUUUGCUCACUGGCGGCACACGAUUCUUCAUUAUGACUUAAUAGAGAGAGGUUACCUUUGUCCAUUCACAAAGAACUCUCCAGCUCUUCGUUGAACUUUUUAUUUUCAUGAAAAUUAAAAACUUCGGUAUGUAGAACGGAAAACACUUUCUUUUUACAAGACUUGCACGAUGAGUACUUUCUCAAUGGAAGUGCUACGUAAAUCUCCAUCCAAUGGCUAAAAGUACGCAGUGUACAGAAGAAGAAUUGAACCAUUUGAUCUCAACAAUCGCAUCUUCCAAAAAAGACAUGGAUCCCGCCCUCGCCGACGAACUCCUUUCAUCUUGCAACGCCACCCUGCAAGCGCAAGGGCUGAUGGAUGCCUCAAGCGGAUUUGGGCUGUUCAAUUUCAGCCUGGCGGAGGUUUGCAGCAUCCUGAAAGAGCAGCAACAAGAUAACAGCCACAUGAGCGAAACGGCGGAGCUAAUUUUCAUGGUGGUUUACGGCGUCCUCAUAAUAACAGGCCUGGCGACGAACCUGGCCGUGAUUUUCGCCGUGGCGCGUAGCUCAAAAAUCCAAACACCGCGCAAUCUGUACAUCGUCAACCUGACGGUCUCUGACAUCAGCCUGUGCCUCGUUUGCAUGCCGUUCACGCUGAUCAGUUUGAUUAGCAAACAGUGGACAAUGGGCGAAACUCUUUGCAAACUUGUUCCAACGCUGCAGGGCGCUAAUAUCAUGGUGUCGACAACAACAAUAUCGACGAUAGCUAUAGACCGUUACAUCAACAUCGUGCGUCAUACCCCUUUGAAUGCUGGCGCUGUCAUUGAUAGAUCGCAGAGGCGGCGGAUCAUUUUAUCACUGGCAUUCGUUUGGCUUCUGUCACUCGCGUCUGUUCUGCCCCUGGUUUUCUAUCAAAAGGUGGAAGACUUCGCGGUCGACAGUCUGGUCCUGUACAAAAUGUGCAUCGAAGAGUGGCCGUCGAUCCCUUUGAAGCGCGCCUAUUUGGUCUACAUUUUACUCAUGAUGUAUUUCAUCCCCAUCGUGGUGCUCUCUGUGGUGCACACGAGCAUUGCCAAAUUCCUGCAGAACCACGCCACCGCCCAAAACGUGGCUUUCGAGGGCAGCUCACAAUCAGACGCCGCGCAGAUUGUCGCUUCGGGCCGAGUCUCCAGAGAAAUGGCUCGGAACAGAAAGACAACCACCAUCCUUGUCGUCAUUGCCGCUUUGUUCGCGAUUAGCUGGCUGCCUCAUUACAUUCUCUCCAUCAUCGUGGAGGUGAAGCCGCUGAUCUUCCCGACAGAGAAGCUGUACAUCGCCACUGCCAUUUGCCACACGAUCGCAAUGAGCACAGCCAUCACAAACCCAAUCGUGUACGGUUGGAUGAACACCAAUAUUCGCAGAGAAUUGAUAGGCAUGUUGCCCUCGGCGUUGAUUCAGUGCUGCUGCAAAAAGCUCUCCGCAGACAGGUUGCCGCAUGAGCGAAUUUAUUUUCCUUCCGUUUUUGUUGACACACGAAAAAGUGGAUUUCUUUUGACCCCCGUUGAAGCGAAGGAAUGGCACGGACCUGAUGGUGCGGAGUGGUCAGGACUUGCGGCCGAGCAGCUUGAAUCCUUUCGGGGAAAACACUUCCGAGAUUGAGCAAAAAAUCGUGAGGAAACACGAAGCGAAAUCCACCAUGUUGAUGGUGCCAAGGGGGCCAUUGACUUGUUCCUCUGGUCGGGCAACAGUUUCCACCCAGCUUGUAUCUGAGCUUUAAAAAGCAAAAACCGAAAGUUGCUCACACAAACAUUUGCCCGCGCAGCUUGGCCAAUUGAAACAAACCUUAAAUGAGCCCCGCGAGAGUUCUGCGAAUUCUCGACGUUGCUUCUGUUGGCACACAGCUGGAAACGGCGCGAUCACGAGUUUUCCCUUUUUAUCUAGCAUGAAAAGGAGACGAAAUUUAAAAUCAUUAUUGUUUUAAUAAAACCGUGAAAUCAUCAAUGCUUUUUAAUUCAAGAAAGGUAAAAAAAGAGUCGUCCUGGAAAAAUUAUGUAUCAGUUUUGAAACUCUUUGAUCGCAAUUAUUAAAAUCUUUUGUUGACCUAAAAAAAAUAUCACUUUUUAAUCAAUUAUGAUGUUGACUGUCAAAAGAGUCUCAUGUCUGUUGCCUGUGCUAAAAAAAAUAAUGAAAAUUUGAUGAUAUUGCUUUGUUAAGAUAUUCUAAAUGUAAAAAAAAUCGUGUUUUAUUUUAGCUCUUCCUUUUCAUUUUACCAAAUAAAAGAAUG